AUGCUUCAGGAUAAUACGACGCUGCAAAAAGAUGUAGUUGAUGAAAAGGAGACUGCAGUAGCCGACAACGUUGCAAGCCACUUUACGCCCGAGAACGUACAGGCACUAACGCAGCCUUUCCGUGUGACAUUGACGGAUUUGCGCUCAACGAUCGUCAGGGAGGCAUGCACCACACUUUCAUUAUUAGCCAGGACAUUAGGACCUCUAAGAUGCAAGAUCCUAGUGCGGGAUGUAUUUCCUACGCUUCUUGACGCACGGGGUGGCUCGAACAAAGUGAACACUGCAGCUAUCCACAAUUGUAUCAUAUCUAUCGUGACAGCCACUCCAAGUCGAUUUGUGCUGGUGCCUGUGUUGCAAGUGCUACACUCUAGCAAGUACGAUGAAACCGUAUAG